ACAGAGAGAGAGAGAGAGAGAGAGAGGCAGCACUCGGAGCAUGUUGGCUGAGAGCAGAGGACCCGGGAGAGCGAGAGGGGAAAAGGAAAUAAGGCUUUAACAAAGUAAGCCCGACAGAUUCCUGAGACAGUGUUUUUGCACACCUUUUGCUAAGCGUGAGAGAAACUGGAAGAAGAAAAACAGACCCAGAAGAUGGAUUACAAAGUGACCAUGGCAACGGGUACCUCAGAGUAUUCAGGGACCAACAACUACAUUUACGUCACUUUGGUGGGAGAAAGAGGAGAGAGUGAGAAGACUGUUCUCGAUAACCCCGGAUUGGACUUCUGCCGCGCAGCGGUGGAUCAGUACACAGUCAGGACAGCAGCUUCACUUGGGCAACUGCUACUGGUGCGUCUAGAGAAGCAACGUUACUUCGUAGAAGAUAACUGGUUCUGUCGUUAUGUGACAGUAGAGCCCCCAGAAGGUGGAGAGGUGCUGUCCUUUCCCUGCUACCGCUGGCUCGUGGGAGAUGUGAAAGUGGAGCUUCGUGAAGGCAGAGCUAAGAGGCCAGGAGAGGACUCUUUGCCUCAUCUGUUAGCUCACAGAGAGGCAGAACUCCAGGACAGACAGAGGACAUACAGAUGGCAUAUGUGGGCCUCUGGGAUUCCCAAAUGCAUCGAUGCCAAAUCAGAGGCGGAUCUUCCACCGGAUGUGCGAUUUGACAAUGAGAAGCGCAGUGACUUUGAGGGAUCACUGCAUUAUGCGCUUCUUGAGCUGUCACUGAAGAAGCUGGCUAUUAAGUUUGGGAAGUCUUGGAGUGACCUUGAUGACUUCAAGCGCAUAUUUUGGAAGCUGAGGAGUCCCAUAGCUGAGUACACCAUGGAACACUGGAGAGAGGACUGGUUUUUUGGGUACCAGUUCUUAAAUGGAAGCAAUCCACGAAUGAUAAAGCAGAUCCAGGAGCUACCCCCUAACUUCCAUGUCUCUGGACACAUGGUGCAGGCCUUCCUGAAGCCGCAUACCACGCUGGAGAAAGAGCUGAAGGCAGGUAAUGUGUAUCUGGUGGAUUAUGCUAUAAUGGAUGGCAUCCCGAGAAACAUCAUCAGGAACCAGCAACAGCACAUAGCUGCACCUCUCUGUCUGCUGUACGAACACCCUGAGCACAACCUCAUCCCUAUUGCCAUCCAGCUAGAGCAGAAGCCUCGGAAGCACACUCCCAUCUUCUUGCCCAACGACCCACCCCUGGCCUGGCUGUUGGCUAAGAUCUGGGUCCGGCAUGCAGAGUUUCAGAUCUUCCAGGUGUUGUCCCACUUGUUGCGUACUCACUUGGUGGUGGAAGUAUUUUGCGUUGCCACGAUGAGGCAUCUUCCUGCAGUCCACCCCCUAUUCAAGCUGUUAACUCCCCAUUUGAGAUACACUCUGGAGAUAAACUGCCGAGGCCGCACCCAGCUCAUCUCAGCCGACGGGAUCUUCAAGCGGGUGGUGUCCACAGGGGGGGAAGGCCUGUUGGUUCUGGCCCAGCGAGAGUACAAAGUCCUCACCUACCGCUCCCUGCAGCCUCCCUGGGACUUUGAGGACCGCGGGGUGACCAAGCUGAGGAGAUACUUCUACAGGGACCACAGCCUGAUGCUCUGGGACACCAUUCAAAAUUAUGUCACAGGGAUGAUUGCUUUGUACUACCCAAAUGACAGCGAUGUGAUGGAGGAUGCAGAAGUGCAGGCCUGGAUCAAGGACGUGACUGAGGAGGGCUUCGCAGAUGUACCCCACUUUGGUUUGUCCUCUGAGCUGAGGAGUAAGAAAGAGUUGGUCACUUUGCUCUCAGUGAUCAUUUUCACCAGCACAGCCCAGCAUGCAGCUACCAACAAUGGCCAGUUUGACUGGUGUGCUUGGGUUCCUAACACUCCAUGCACCAUGCGGAGUCCCCCGCCAGAAGACAAGGAUUCUGUUACCAUGGGGUUGAUCAUGGACACCCUGCCAGACAUCAGCCAAUCCUGUGUGGAAAUGGCCAUCACAUGGCAUCUCGGUCGUGCACAGCCCGAUGCAAUUCCAUUGGGUCAGUACGUGGAAGAAUACUUCACAGAGCCCAGAGCCAAGGAACUCAUCCACACGUUCCAGAAGGACCUUAAGAUCAUUGAGGAAAAGAUCCUGGAGGACAACCAAGGAGUGGAGCUGCCAUAUCUCUACCUCUGCCCUACCCACAUAGAGAACAGCAUCACUAUUUAGAGGAGGCACAUAGCCAUCAGAUUAGACAGUCCCGUUCUCUCUUAAAUAUAAAUAUAAAAAAAGGGGCUAUGACAUAUAUACUCUUUUCCUAGUUGAUCUUUAACAUUGAGAAAUAUUAAAUAUCAUAUAGAUCUUUUGAGUUUUAGAAUAUAUUUCGAUUUUAGUAUAUACCCUUCACCACAACUACGAAAGAAUCAUUCUGGCACCCUGAGAGAUUAAGAGAAAAUGAAAUUGAAGUAUAUUCCUAUUUGUAGUUUACUUUUCAAAGUCAACACAAGUGACAAGGACUGGUCAGUGGUCACAAAUUACAUCUUGAUUCUCUUUAAAUGAAUUAACUUUCUGUUUUUCCUUCUCUCUACUUGUAUCCAUCUGUCAAACCACUAUUGUACACCGUUAUACUGAAGCUUUAAACAAAUGUAGGCUCAAAGGCUCAGGGCAUUCAUCGCUGCCUAUAACUAUAACCACACAUCAUUCAAGGUUUGUUUGGGCCCAGUAAAUGUAACUUGUAGUCUUUUAAUAUUUUAUUAUCUCUUAAUAUUUUUCACUUUUUUAUAUAUUUUAUAUAUUGUUUUUCUUAUGUGUAGUACUUAUUAUGUUUUUAUGUUUAUUGUCUGCACCAAUAUGGCAAAACAAAUUCCUGGUAGGUGUAAACUUACUUAAAAACAAUUCUGAUUCUGAUUCUGAUUUUUUGUUACUGACUGUCUCACUCAAUAUAAAAUCAUGCAAUCUAUAGUUUUCAAUCUCUGUAACAGUUUGACAGGCCUUGCAAGUUCUACCGUUUCCUUCAGGAGAUACUAAUAUAGAGUUAUUUUUUAUUUCUCAAUGUUCCUUCUGUGUAAUUAUAGUAUGUCUGUUUUUGAUCAGGGCAGGACUGAAAACUGACAUGUUUUUCACUUUUAUUUUAUUACACGACACGUAAUAAAUCAUUUUUGUCAAGG